AUGUCACCUACAAGAUUAAUAAAUUGUCAAAGUUUAGAGCAACUAAAUCUUGCAAACAACAACCUAACUACUGUGGCUCUGUUGGGUCUAAGACCGGACCGGUUGACGUAUGAAUCGAUUGAGGUUUUGGAUCAUCUAACCAAUGCAUCGCUCGACAAACAGGAACAUCUUAUUCGUCGAGCUCAUCCAGUCUUGCUUGGUCUUCGAAGCCUUCGUUCUCUGAUACUUUCUGGCAAUCCUAGAAUAUUCGCGUCGAUAAAUUUGACGUUGGACGGCAAGCAUUGGGUUCGUGCGCGGCAACGAAAUGAAAACACGGAAUUGUUACAUUCCAUCCCCGAUUCCGAUCAUCUCACUCGGCAAGGCAUCUUUCCAUUGACUUUGAAUGAGUUACAUCUCGCAUACUGUUCCAUCACUCAAAUGGCCGGACUGACUACGCUGCCCGUUUUGCAUACCAUAAACCUGGCUCAUAAUCACAUUGUCGAUAUGGCCAGUUUGAGCAUGCUCCGGUUCAGUUCAAUGCUUCGGACAUUGAAUCUGAUGGAAAACCCGAUCACGGAACAGAACAAUUAUCGAUCUCAUCUAAUCUGUUUGUUUCCUCAUCUGACGACCCUGGAUGAACGUCCAGUGGAUGUGAAGGAAAAAGUGGGUGAUUUGGCACACAGUUUUCCGCUUUUCUCAUGGAUCCGUCAAAAGUGA